UGCCUUGUGCAGAGAAGCCAGAACACUGGGUAUCGUAUAAAACCACCCCUUAUUUCACCCCUUUGCUUCAUCCUCCAUCUUGCUUGAGGGUUGGCUGAGAAAACCAUGCCCAUGGCCAUGGCGCCUACGAAGGACCCACCAUCACCGGCCUUUCUUGCCACUGUUGCUGAGCUUACGAGAAUUUACAGAUCGCUUCCCCCUCGACCUUCGAUUGAAGAAGUCCAAGCUGCCAAUUCUGCAAUUGAAACUGUCAAUAGCGAGGAGAAUAUGAAACUCCAAGAAAUCUCAAUGCAGCAAGUCCCUGACGGUGUUCCUGAGCAGCUUUUCUCUGUGUUACAAGAGUUGAAGAAGACUGUGGUCUUGUUCCAGGGCCUUGAACAGAGGAGAGAAGCUCUCCAUCUUCUUCAACAAGAGAAGAUGUUUCAGACCCUUGGUGAUCUUAUCCAGAGGGCUUCUCAAUUCGUUUCCGGGGAUGCUCCGGAACCGGAACGGCCCAAUUUAGCCGAAGCAGCGGGGAAAAUCGAGACAGAUGUUGGUAUCGGUGAUGACAGUCUAGUGAAGGGAAAGGAAGACGGAGACAAACCGGAGAAAAUUAACCUCAUCGUUGCAGAAAGAUCCUCCGCGAAGACGUCUUUCUCUGCUGAUGAUGGAAACGCCCAGAAAUUAAGUCUCAUGAAAUUGGCCACAGUUAUCGAAAAUUGUGCUAACAAUGGAGUGGCAAUCCUUGAGCUAAGAGGGAAACUUGAGGACCGGAUGGAAUGGUUGCCUGUUUCAAUUGGGAAACUGUCUCAUGUAUGUGAGAUGGACCUAUCUGAGAACAGCAUCAUGGCUCUUCCUUCCACCUUUGGGGGUCUCAAGGCCCUAACAAAGCUCGAUCUUCACGCCAACCAGCUUAUAAACCUUCCACACUCUUUUGGAGAAUUGAUAAACCUCACUUAUCUUGACCUUCACGCCAAUAGAUUGAGAUCACUGCCAGCUUCUUUUGAGAAGUUGGAGAAUCUCAUUGAUCUUGACCUGAGUUCAAAUGAGUUCUCACAAUUACCAGAUUUGAUUGGGAAUUUAAGAAGCUUGAGAAGGUUAAAUGUUGAGACAAAUGAACUCGAGGAGCUACCUUAUACAAUUGGAAAAUGUUCAUCACUGGCAGAGCUGAGGCUAGAUUUUAAUCAGCUCAAAGCACUUCCUGAGGCAAUUGGCAAUAUUGAGUGCUUAGAGAUUUUAACUCUGCACUAUAACAGAAUUAAAAAGUUGCCUACUACAAUGGGGAACUUGUGCAGACUGAAGGAACUUGAUGCUAGCUUUAAUGAACUGGAAUUUGUGCCAGAGAUCUUAUGUUUUGCUGUUAGUCUGAAGAAAUUAAAUGUGUCGAAUAACUUUGCAGACCUAAGAGCCUUGCCAAAAUCAAUUGGGAAUCUUGAAAUGCUUGAGGAGUUGGAUAUAAGUGAUGAUCAAAUAAGAGCAUUACCAGAGUCUUUCAGGUUCUUGUCCAAAUUGAGAGUUUUUCGUGCUGAACAGACUCCUCUUGAAUUGCCGCCCAGAGAAGUUGUCAAAUUGGGUGCUCAGGAAGUUGUGCGGUACAUGGCUGAUUUUGUAGCCAAGAGGGAUGCGAAAUUUGUGGUACUGACGAAGAAGAAGAAGAGGGGAUUUUGGUUCUGGUUUUGCUCAAUAUUCUGCCCCCAACAGAGAAGAUUUUGAAUGAAACCAUGUCAUUAAGCUCUCUCAUCACAUUACAUUUUGCCCUCCAUGUAAUUUGGAAAGCCUUUCCGGAAGGAAAUGUUCAAUACUUGUGGACUUUGCUUUGUUGUCUUGCGAGUGUUUUAUAUAAUAAGACUGUAAAUUUCUGGUGUGACUGUCAGUCUGUCUGUUGAAAAUCAGAUGGACGUAAACAACCACUGUCAUUGUAAUACCAGGAACAUCAUCCUGGUCAUGCUCUGUAUAAAAUGGUUGUCUUUAUUUGUGAUUCA